UAGAACGCGCCGUCGCGUAGGCAUCAUGCGUGACCGCGCCCCGCGCCGCCUCUCGAUUUCCUCCCCCGAGCUGUCGACGGCGACCCGCGCGCCUCCCGCUCGCUAUAAAGAUCGCUCCCCGGAGCCGGAGCCGGACACCGCGAGAGCGGAAAUCCACCGCCCGCUCCUUGGUUCCCGAGGGAGAGUUUCGAGUUUCUUGGCUGGGCGGCGGCAGGCAGGCAUGCAGCGGAGCAGCUCGUUCGGGGCGUCGUGGGCGGACCAGUGGGACACCGGCGGCGACCCGAGCCCGAGGGAGCCGCGCGACCGCGGCCGCGGCCGCGCGGGUAAGGCCGGCGGCGGCGUGGGGGAGAAGACCAAGGCGGCCGCGGCGACCGGGCUCAGGAAGGUGAAGGAGGGCACGGCGCACGGGUUCCAGUGGAUCAAGGACAAGUGCCAGAAGAAGAGCGCCAGCGGCGGCGGCGGCGGCAAGAAGCAGCAGGGAUCAGAGGUCGCCGGGUACUGACGAGACGACCUGUGCCCGGUCGACCUGCCAUGGCUCGCCGCCGUUGAUCCCUGCGUGAUCGUCACAGCUUUCCCCAGAGAAGGCAUGUUAGAAACAGAAAAGAUUUAAUUGGUAGGUGUGUGCAUAGGUUUGGUUAUGCGUUCGUCGCGGACUCGCGGUGAUCUCGCCGCUGCUGCGCUUGUGCAGUUCGUCGUGCCUGUGGCGUCUGCUAGAGUUACAGAAUUUGAUCGUGUUGCUGUUUUAGCUUUAUAAUCCAUGUAUAUAAAGGGGUUUUAUGUGUAUUUUCGUCGUGUUUGAUUGUU